AAACUGUAUAAAAGGGACAGGGGAGCCCCGGACUUUUCAGAUUGCUCCGUUCCUCUCUACAUCCAAACGAAACUUCUUCUAACCAGCCAACUUCCAAAACACAGCCAUGCAUUCUAAAAGUCAAUCCUGCGCUGUCCCAUCUAUUGGUCUUGGACAUUGUGGAUAUGGCGGUGGAUACGGCGGUGGAUACGGCAUCGGAGGUGGCAUCAUCGGAGGUGGUGGCAUCGGAGGUGGCAUCAUCGGAGGUGGUGGCUUCGGUGGCGGCGUAUCAUCCAGCAGCCUUGGCAUAGUCCCCGGGGCCAAUGUUUCCUGCAUAAGCCAAAUUCCAUCAUCAGAAGUGGUGAUCCAGCCAGCUCCAGUUGUGUUGACCAUCCCAGGACCCAUCCUCACUUCAAGCGAGCCAAUGUCUGUUGGAGGUUACAGUCCAUGUGCUUCCGGUUAUGGCUACGGGUCUUCUGGUUAUGGCUAUGGGUCUUCUGGCUAUGGCUAUGGCUCUUCUGGUUAUGGCUAUGGCUCUUCUGGAGGUUACCUCGGUGGUGGCUACGGAGGUGGCCAGUCAUCCAAGGGUCACCCCUGCUAAGCCAUUGUGAGAAGACCAGGACUAUCCAGAAAUCGCCAACCCACCAAUACGGACUCUGUAGCCAAGUUUAUGGGUCUGGGCUUCAACUAAUGUUGAGCUCCAGACUUAUGAAUGGUUCUCCAUGUAUGUGAAAGAUGAAAGCCCUGUUAUGUAUUCUUUUCUCCCAACUAUUUACUUUCCAUAAGUGUAUAUUCCCUUUUCCACAUUGCUCUCCAGCUACAUAAGGACCAAAGGUCCAUCCUAUAUCUACACGUCUCACUUCUGAGAGAUUAUUCUCUUGUUACAUAGCUUGGUUGUAUGUUUUCUUGAUACUCUUCAUUUUCUAAUAAAGCUUCCUUUGCAUCAUAAA